AUGCUUCAGUCAAUAGUAGAUCAGAACGGUGAAAUAAGUUUAAGUAAAUUAGUUGGUAGUCAAGACUUAUCGGAAUAUGUAGUAACUAUCAGAACAUUUAGAGAGAUUGUUUCUAAGCUAAAUAUUAUGGUAAGUGAAAGAUUAGUGGAAGUAUUAGGUAGUGUAGAUGUAGAUUUAGCUUUGGAAACAUGUAAAAAGGGUGCUUAUCUUCAUAAGUAUCCAAGAUCUCCGUUUUGCAAAAAAAGCUUUAGAAGAUAUUUCUUCAAAAUAGACCUUGAUUCAGGUAGUUUAAUAUGGUUACAAGAGAGUAAUAUUACCUUAUGUUUACCUAAAAAGGGCAAACAAGAAAAGUUGUAUCUGACUGAUGUUAGUCACAUCCUUCCAGGUUCUGACUGUGAUUUUUGGCGUGCAAGAAAUACAAAUAGCAACGAUAAUAUAAAUGCAAAUCUUGGAAUAGAACUCGUGGUGACUAGCCGAAGAGGUUCUUCACUAAGGUUAUUUUGCUCUAAUACUGAAGAGUGGAAACUGUGGAUUACAGGAAUGUUAGUAGGACAUGCUUUAUCUAGAAAAGAAAAGACGAUCUCAAGACGAAAAGGAAAAAAAAUAACUGAUUCAAGACAUUUCAUUACGCAUGAUUAUAUUCGACGCCAGUGGGAACUUUCAGAUUUGGAUAACUCAGGUUCUAUCAGUUUUGUUGAGUUCAUGCGUUUAAUAAAAAGAUUGCAGAUGCCAGUUUCAAAAACUUAUGCUAAUACACUAUUUUCAGAGUAUGACAAAGAUAACAAUGCUGCAUUAGAUUACACUGAAUUUCGUAGCUUAUUAAGUCAACUAUUGAUCUUACCAGAGUUACAUGAUCUGUUUGAAGAAUAUAAAGAUGAAACAACUAAUGUUGUAACAGCUGAAAGAUUUAGAAAUUUUCUAAUUGAUGUACAAGGAAUGGAUCCGUCAAAAACGUUAGAAUCGUUAGUAAAUACUGUAUUAACCUUAAAAGAGCCAUUUGUUGAACGUGGUGGGCUUACUGAAGUAGGAUUCAAUAUAUUAAUGUCUUCAGAAUUCAACUCUGCUUUUGAUCCUCUUAAAAAAGAAGUUUACCAGUCAUUAGAUGAACCAAUCUCUCACUAUUGGAUUGCAUCAAGUCAUAAUACAUACUUAACAGGUGACCAAUUAACAUCAAAAUCUGAAAUUGGACAAUAUAUAAAUGUGCUUCUACAGGGUUGUCGUUGUGUCGAAUUGGAUGUUUGGGAUGGGCCAGACAAUACACCAGUAAUUUACCAUGGUCAUACUUUUACUUCAAAAGUAUACUUUGAGGAUGUAAUUAGAGCCUGUAAAGACUAUGCAUUUCAAAAUUCACCAUAUCCCGUAAUUUUGUCACUAGAAAUGCAUGCUUCGGAAGUCCAGAGAGAAAGAGUUGCUGAAAUUAUAAUGUCUGUACUAGGAGAUUCUCUUUAUAAAUCAUCAGAUAGUCCACCUAAUUACAUGCCAUCUCCAAAUGAACUAAAGUACAAAUUUCUUGUUAAAGCAAAGAUCCCAAAAGAAAAGAAUAAUGAAGAAGAUGGCGAUGGAGAUGAUGAAGAUGAUCCAGAUGAUACUGAAGCAGAUGUGCUUGAAAGUGACACAAAAUAUAUUCCCCGAAGAAAUAAACUUGAUCAGCCUGGAAUACUAUCAAGUACUUCUAAUACAAGACCUAGAUUAUACUCAACUUUGAUAUCAUUGCCUGGUAAAGCAAUAAAGUUGUUAGAUAUAGAAACACGUAAUCGUAUGAGUAUUGGAUCAUUAGUUGAAACUAAGUUCUUACGCUUUGCUAGAGAGAAUAGUAGUGAAUUUGCAAGAUUUCAUCAAGAUCAUUUGUGUAGAGUAUACCCUUCAGGUACGAGAAUUUCAAGUUCAAACUACAAUCCUAUGAUUCCAUGGGCUUACGGGGCUCAAAUAGUUGCUCUAAACUAUCAAGCUACUGGUACAGCAUUGUUAUUAAAUGAAGGACGUUUUCGUCAAAAUGGUGGAUCAAAAUGUGGGUAUGUUUUAAAGCCUCAAAUGAUGCUAAAAGUAACUGAAGAAAAUAAGGUUAUGGACCCUAUGGAUCCACUUGCUACAUUGGAAUUGUUCGAUGUUCCACCAGUUAGAGUCAGCAUUCAAAUUUUAUCAGCUCAUCAGUUACCUGAUAAUGGAUCUCAAAGUAAUAGGGGAAUUGUAAGCUUGAUUGGUGGAAGUAAUUUAUCUCCUUAUAUAACAGUGUCAGUAUUUGGUGGUCCUAGAGACGAGUAUAAAACAUGUAGAACUCCAGUAGUAUCUAAUAAUGGGUUUAAUCCUCAAUGGAAAGAUCUUAUGCCAUUUACAUUUCAUGUGUUAUGCCCAGAGAUUGCCAUUAUAAACUUCGAAGUUAGAUCAGCUGAUUCUAUACAAUCAGACUUUAUUGCAGCUGCUUCAAUACCUAUUUCGUGUCUACGUCCAGGUAUAAGAUGGGUUCAAUUAUUUGAUAAAAAUCUUAUGGAUAUACAGUGCUGUGGUAUUCUUGCAAAUAUAUCGGUAACAAUUGAACUACCUAAGGCAUUAAUGAUAUCAUCUAUUACAUCUGGAGGUAGAGCAACAUCAACAUCAUUGCAGGAAGCUCUCCAACAAUUUAAAGAUGUGAAAUUCUAA